UCGAGCGGCGAGCGAGCGACAUGGCGGCGCGCCCACCCCGCGCGGCGGCCCCGCGGCCCGGGCCGCGCGAGUAGGUCGCCAUGCGCGAUGCGGUAUGAGGCAGCGGCGCGCCCGGCGGGCCGGCCCCCGCUAGCGGCGCCGCCCCCGCCAUGCGAGCGCCGCCGCUGCUGCUGCUGCUGCUGAUGGCGGCCGCGGGCCUGGCCGUGAGUCCGCUCGCGCGCCUCAACCCCUGGCUGAGCGCGUGCGAUCUGGAGGAGGAGGGCGCGAGCGCGGGCAGCGAGUGCGCGGCGUGCGGCGGCGGCGGCGCGAGCGCGCUGGCGGGGCAGGACGUGCCCGCGCUGUGCGCGCUUGGUGCAGGAACGCGCGCGCGUCGUCUGGCGGCGUUGCGGCUGCGCGGCUGCUGCGAGCGUUCACCCGCCUCAGCGCUCGACCGCGGCGCGCGCGCCGACGUGCUUGCCGGCGGGCCGCGCUGCGAGCGCACCCUGCGAGACCUCCUAGCUCUGGACGCGUUGGUGGCGCGCGUACAUUGCGAUUUCGUCACCAUCCUUCAGCGCUACGACUGCGACCAGUCCUAUUCUGUUCACACCUGUAACGAAUGCCAGGAGACGUACCGACGCUGGGCGUGCAGUACAAUGGUUCCACUGUGGGUGGAAGAAGGAUCUGAAGACAAUGAGGAGGGUGGGCGGUCACGGCGGGCCCCUUCAGAGCAUGGGGCAAGAUGGCGCGCUCGACACCUCGAGCGGGUCGGUCAUUUGGACCGACGGCGCGGCGGCGGCGUGGUAGGCCGCUGGGUCCGCGCCGCCGCCGCGGGGCCAGGUCGACCCCUGGUACGGCUCAAGCCGUGCCUCUCAGUCUGCCAGCUGGUCGAGCAACACUGCCCUUACUUUUUGCCCGCGGACCGCGCACCAGCCUAUCCGACGCAGUAUGCAGGCGAACCCACGUUCCUAUGUCUCGAUCCGCGAAUACCAGAGACGGGUGCUCAGGCGAACAAGUCCAACUACGGGCCUGACGACUGUUGCUACUGGUACUGUGAAGGCCGGCUCUGCUACCACUGCGAGUCUCGGCUCAGCGAGCCAGAGUGGCCUGCAGCAGAGCAGUGUACCCCAGUAGUCGAGCGAACAGCCACCUGCUCUGUGCCAUAUCAGGCGCCGGCCGCCGCCACUUGCCCGAGGCCCGCCCUUAUCGCCGUGGCCCUUCUCACAACCCUAGCUGCUGUCGUGCGGACUCACUGGACAUUUGUAACUCUAGUGAAUGUGCGUGAAUCGAGGUUAUAGUUUUACGUUUCCGUGCGUCGCACCAUCGCGGCCCGCGACCGCCGAGUCGAAACUCUUAUUAGUGAUGUACUUAUGAUAAUAAAUUUCGUGCGAUGACGAUUUCGAUGGCGGGGGACGCGCCUUCUGGUCCUUCGGUCCGGGUGGUGUGGGCCCCCGCUCUUAUAGACUCUAAGUUAAUGUUUGUGUCCGAUUGUUCAAUACUAAACGAAAAAACACCAAUAGUUCUAUAUCGUUACUAAGAUUUCACAUGAAAACUUUUGCCGUUGACGAUGCUCCGGCCAUUAUAAUACAUUUAAUAGUUGAGGUUUUAAUGAAUACAUUUAUAGAGUUGUUUAUUUUCAUAUUGAUUAUGGUUCUACACGAUAUAUCAGUAAGGUCGAAAUAAAAUUUAUUUUACUUCAAAAUGAAAAUAGAUACGAUAAACUAACUUCCCAAAUGUUUGUGGUGGUCUUAUAUGCACAAAAUUUGUGCCGCAGCCGAACCCAUUUUAUUGGAAUUUUAUGCAGGGUGCAUAAAACGCUGAGUUGAAAGUCGCACGGCACUUUAUACAUGAAAUUCAAAUACUAGGCCGGGAGUCGGAAAUCCUAACUCAUAAGCUUUUGUGUUGCAAGUCGAAGGUAAUGGUAUAUGUAACACUUAAUAAGAGGAAAUCAAAAUUUUAAUGCAGUUAGCUGUAAUAACAAAAUAAAUUAUUUGAACAUAAUAUUGACAAUAGUGUUAUUUGGAUGAGUUUUAGAAAAUUAUUUUUGUAAAGUUGAUGGGCUGUCGUAGGCAUAGAAGCAAGUAUACAGACACACUUUCUCAAUUUAAACCUAACAUUUUGACAUAAAAAAUAAUUAUGCAACAAAUAUAUUUAAAUAAAAUAAUAGUUGACCAUUUGAUUGAAGUCACGAAAGUAGUUUACAUUAAUAAAGGACAUUGCUUCUAUGUCCAUCGGUCUUUGAAUGCCUAACACUGGUCUAUAUAAUAUGUAUUGAUACAUUGGAAAAAUAUUAGGGUUAAUUAAAGUAGCUGUUGUUUUGUAAGAAGUAAAGAAAAUAAAUUACUUAUAUGUAAUGAUAUAUCCGUCUUAUGAAUGUAAGGUAUUCAAGAUGUACACAUGGUUGAACAUGAUUUUUAUAUGAUAUUUGUUUUAUAGUAUAUAAUAUAUAAUGUACAUUUAUAUUAUGUCUUAUAUGGCAGAGACAUAUACCAUAAAGGGUGACGUCAUUUGUAAAAUACAGGUUUGUUUGAAUUUCGUCUGGGGAUUUUCAAGUAACUUGAAAAUGUUCUUAAGUUCCAAACGUAAUACCCAAAGGACUUAAGAGAUAGCUGUCUUCAAGCCAUCUAAAGUAAAGAACAGUCAUCUUAAAAAUGUAUAGAUUUAAUAUCUGAAAAUCGCGGCUGAAAAUGCAUUAGCGAGAUUUCAGUCAGUUUUAGGGAAACAGGUAUCACGUAACAUUCUUGUUUACCUUCUAUUCUACAAAACAGACUGGAAUCUUCAUGACAUGCCUUAAAAUGUCUUCAUUACUAGUAGACCAAUAAACUAACACGUAAGUAAAUGCUACAGUUUUACAUAUUUCGUCAACACACUAUUCUACAUAACCUAUGUAACACAAAAUAACUUGAACAUGUCUUAGUGCAACUGACAGGUUUCACACUUCUCAAGCCAUAGCUUAUUUCUAUAAAUAAAAUCGAACCAAGUCGAUGAAUAGCUCAUUUAUAUGAGAAUUACUCAAAAAUCUCCAGAUGAAAUAAAAAAGCCCUAUAUUAGAAACAGUGUUUGUUAGUUUUCUUAACAUAGUUGCGUCGUUGAAGAUUAUGUGAUCAAAAUCAAUGAUUAUAAAGACUUUAUCGGAUGGACAUUUGUUAAUAUUCCUUAAAUGGGAAUGUAGUUGUUGUAUUCAAAUGAUAAAUGAUAAUAAUAUUAAGUAAGUUAUUUUUUACGUUUUUAAUGCGUGUGAAUAAAGUACGGUUUGUUGUUUCCACUCCCUGUCUUUGAGCAAAGACCACCGUGGGUGCUAAUUGUCUAUUAAAGCUUUUUAGGCUUUUCUUUACUUUACGAAUAAGUUCAAUAUUGCAAAAUCAAUCAAGUUUCGGUGUAACCAGUUCAAAAAUAUUUUAAAAUAAAAGAAGACUUGGAAUGUCCAAUAAUUAUUACCAACAUAACUUUUAAUUAAAUUUCCUGAAUCAUAUGUUACGUUGACAAUAGCUAAGCGUUUCUUACCUAAGCUUAAAGGUUCUACUUGCAAGUCACAAAAAUACAUUGUCUUUCAAUCGGGUAAAUUUCACAGAAAUUUAAUUUGCGAAUUUUUUCGUAUUUCAAUGUUGGUCUUACACGGUCUUGUGUUUAGCGUAACAAAAUUCACAUCUAUAGUUCCGAUAAACUUUGAUCUACGGAGACCUAUCACGGAAAAUUUAUCCAGUAUAAUAUUUCUAAAUUUCAAUAAAACUAUUGGAUGCGUUUAAAAUCGUAUUUAUCAACAGUUUCUAGACAUUGGUUUCACCGACCAGACCACUAAGAUAUACAGUGCUUAUUAAUUUUUAAUAUUUUAUAUUUCCGUCAAAAAACAUCAGAACAACGAAGUUUUGUUUUUAUCUCGAAAAGAACGAAUCUCUAAAUCUCUUGCAAUCUUCCGAUCAAAAAUAAUUUCGUUUCAAAAAUCCUAUCAACAAUGAAAGAGUUUUUAAUAUAUGUUAUUGUUUCAAAAAUAAUUUACCGUCUUCACAAGAGUUUAUUAAAUCGUGAUGCCCAGUGCCUUCACUCAUCACGUGAAAGCGAGCAUGGAUAGUAAUAUGGAGUUAACUGCCAGUCUAUCUUAAAUAGUAAAUUCAACUUAUGAAUACGUCAUACGUCGAACCGUAGCAAAUUAUAUGAGAAUUAAUUAUAGUAAUAGUUUAUAAUUAGAUUCAAAACAGUUAUUAGAGAUAAGAUUAAUUUACGUUCCAGAUCUCGAAACUAACUAGUCAUUGCCGCUUCUUUCUUUAUGUAAUUGAAGGUUCCACUUUAUAUAAUUUCCUUAAGAUAUUUUUUUUAAAUAGUUUACGAAUAGAUAAAUCAUUCAUUCGAUAGUUUAAACAUUUUGAUAAAUUUGAGUGCAGUUUGAUCUCAGCUCGUGUGGAAAUCUAUGGCGAUACAUGUAUCUAUGUGUAAAUUAUCAAAAAAUUAGAAUUAGAAAAUGAAUUACUAGAACAUAAUUAGUUGGAUCAAUUUCACGCACUCGUUAAAACUUACACAUUGACCGUACAUUCCUUCUUUUUGGAUAUUUCUACUCUCACUCUUAAUAUUCUUCACUUUUGUCCACUAUUUUAAAAUUAGUGUAGAGUAAAAGACCAAAAUUGAGGAGUUCGGUUCGAAUGUUGUUUGUGAUCAUGCUAUAUUGGGGUAUGUCUUAUUAGCGGUUCUCACAAAUUUAAAAAUGCUGUUAUCAUAGUUCUGAAGCAUAAAAUACAUCAGUAAUCUCGGUUUAAUAUGUUGUAAAUAUACCCUUAAUCACAAAAAUAAAUCAGUUUAAUUAAACUCUCUUAACUUGCGUCUCUUUCUGACAAAUCCUGUCCACACUGUGAUGAAAAGAGACAGAAGUGUGUAUUACUUAAUACGGUGCAAUGAGACUGAUUUUUUUUGUAUAAGGGGGAUUGACUAUACAACGAGUACCAAUUAGGAUAUUCACAGGAAAUUUCUUUCGCCACCAAAAAAAAAUAAACAGUUUAUUUGAGAUAGAACGCUCGAUAUAUUUAAAUGCGUGAUUCCCGCUAAUUUGGAAAACCAUUAAUUAAAAAAAAUAUCUUAUUUUAAAAGAUCUCUACAGUCAUUUAAAUUCUGUUAUGCAACACUUAGCAAUAACUAUAGGUAGCUAUAACUGUUACCCAUGUAGAGAUUACAUAGGCCAUCUCAUGAACAAAAUUCAUUAAAUAGUGUCUUUAGUAGUUUUAAUAUAAUGUGUGUAUUUUGAUGUUCCGUUAAAGAUUUGGUGAUAGUGUAUAUUAUUUUAUGAAUACGUAUGUUUUGAUGUACAUAAUAACGUGUAAAUGUUUAACGCACAAAUAUUAUGAAAGAAGUUGCUAACAAUGUAUGAAUAUGUAUUUAGCUAUAAAGUUUACUGGGAAUAAAUAGUAUAGGCAUAUGAAUGUAGUUAUUUUGGUGCGUACUCUCAAAUUCAGUGUCAUUUUUGUGUCGGAUGAUCUCUGGUUUUUGUACGUAAUUUAUCACGAAUAGAUUUUGCGUUAUUUUUGGGAUGCGCACAACUUUCGGGGGCAAUACAAAUGGGUUACUAAUACAAUCAUAACACGCUUUUUCAGCAUUUGUAAUUGCAUAACUCAUAUGUAAGGGCAUAUCUAAUAGAUAUGAGAAUGAAUACGCAGGAAUAAAGAGAUCGCACUGUCAUAAAAUUACGAGUUCAGAGGUAAUAACAACUUCCAAACAAGAGUAUCGAUUUAAAAGCAAAAUUAUUUUUUAAAGCAAAAACAAAAUAAUCAUUAUGUCUACCGACAUCUUUUAUUUUUAAGCGACGGAUUUUUUAAAAAUUGCGCGUUAAACUAAGAAACACACAUUUUUUUUUGUAAACCGAUACUUGAUACCAUUAUUAUGUUGAAAUUAAAUUGUAGCAAAUCUUUAAAACUUCAUAAAGAGUCUUAUGAACAUAGAUUAACCAUGGGAAAAUGUUGGAUAUCUUGUAAAUCAUUUCAAUAAUAAUAAUUUGUAUGACUUUCACCUGGCAGUCUCUAACCGUUUCGUCAAAGCGUUGAAAAAGGUGCAUAAAAGUCUUAUGAUUAAGGUAUAAUAAAAAAGCAAAUAAGAAGUAUGUCGUACACCAUAACGUUAUUUUUAACAUGCCCCGAAAGAUUUAGUUAAAAUACAUUAAUAUCUCAUUAAAUUUCUUUUCUAUCAUUAACAACGAAGUGACUAAGAGACAAAAAAAUAAGUUUUAAGUGAACAUGAUGUUGGAAACGCCUUUGAUAGCGGGAAAUGCCAAUACUUUUUUCUGAAUAUUUUGCGAGUAUCAGGCACUAUUGUUUUAUUAUAUACGCUCGUAAUUACUCAUAAUUUAAGAAAUAUCACAAGCCUGAUAAUGUUAAGGCAAAGAUUUACGUGUGUAUUUACUACCGAGACAUGAAGCGCUUAAAUGUCAAUUGUCAAAACUAAGCUGACGUUUAAAUAUAGCGAAUUAUUACAUUUGUUAUAAGCAUUAUAGUAAUUACGAGAUGUAAUGUAAUAAAACAGUUUUAACUAUUCUGAGAUCAGUCAAUUAGUCUGAUUGGGGAUUAUUUUUGGAUUUUUAAUGUUUAAUUAGUAAAAAAUAAAAUAAAUUGAAAACUUACAGCUUUUUAUUCUCUUAGCCUCUUCCUUGUUCCGAGUGCCUUGAGGCGUAUAUUUUAUUUUUACCAUCGUAUCAACCAAAAGCGACAAACCUACUCAGCAUAAUAAGCUUUAUUAGGCUACCACCUACUUCAGUAUCUAAGUGAUUCAAUGUCCAUUUUAUGUUUACUAUAAUAAUUUCCACUAUGUCUAAUUUUAAUAUUAAUAAGUUCUAGGUCAUAUAAAUAUAUUGUUCACAUCGCAACGAUUUUGUCUUCGUGUUAAACCUGCCAGAUAGGUAUGAAACGGCAGAAUUUAACAUUAUAGUGAGAGAGGUAGUGUAGUGUAUAAUUUGAGAUAAACGCGAAAAGUGCCCCAUUAUAAAUAGAGCUACAGGCUCUUAUUGACGUGUAUUGAAAAUGGGGUAUUUUUCACGAUAUUCAAUAAUAAUUUAACGUAACCUGUUAUGAUUGCCUAGUGCGAGUGCCUUUUGGCACGGGCUCUCUAUAUUAAUAUGAUCUAGAAUGUGUCGUAGGUGUUUCUUGAGUAGUGGUCGUAUAAGUCAUUUCCUCGUUGUUGAUCGAUUUUAGAGUCACGGCAACAGUAGGUGUGAAUAUAUAUGUAUAAUACUGCCGAAAUGUAAUAUAAAAAUAUAUAUGACAUUUUUUAUCGUAAAUUUCGGUAAUUUUUACGCAAAUUACGUGUUAGGAAUUGUGACUUCAAUAAGAAAUGGAAUAAGUUCAAGUGACGUAAAAUCGGCAUAACACGAGGGGACGGAAGAAACGGUGCCUGGCUGCAAGGGGCGCCCUGGCACCUGCGAAGCGCCUGCUGCCCUUAACGUCCCACAUAAUAUUAUUUAGCAUGGUAAAUAAUAUUUCCAGCCAGGGUGGACCAUUUCGGGACUUUUGAACAAGGUUACAUUACAGCCAGCUUUGUGAUUCGAGAUUCGAGUAAAACUGACGAUGUUUAAUUGAAUAAUCAACGAAUUGUAUAGUUUUUAAGUGUAAGGUACCCUUGUUCGAGUUUUGAAGUAAAACGCCCUUUACCAUGCAUAUUAGCAACGUUUGACACUUGAAUUAAGAUUAAUCACGUUCGUAUAAAUGUAGACGAGAUUUUAAAAUUUAAUAUCAUUUGCAAUGUCCUAAAAUUAGAACGAUCGAGACAGUAGGUCGCACAACCGUGUUAUGAAGAUGUGGAGAUGUUUAUUAAAAAAUGCGUUUAUGAAAAUAAAAUAAAAACGAGAAAUAUUGUCAGAUAAACUUGUAAUUACUAACUUAAGUGGAAUUAUUCGAGGAACAGAAACAUGUUAAAUAAACCGAUUAAAAUACAA